CCAGUGACCACCACAACCUCUAAACUAAUAUAACGGCGUUAUGUUAUGACUAAAACACUUAACAGUUCCACUCUCACAACGCAAUGCAAUCCCACUUUCUGGUGGGACCCAUCUCCGUCGGCCGCUAUGGUGGCGCCGCCGAUUCCAGCCCUUUCCACUCCGCCUGGACCAACCCUCCCCGCCGGCGGUCCCCACUCGUCGUCGCCUCCUCAACGCCCGCGGCCAUCAACGGCGGGCCGAACCACUACGCCGUCCUCGGCGUCGCCCGCACUGCCUCCGCCGUUGAUAUCAAACGCGCCUAUCGCCUCCUCGCCCGCAAGUAUCAUCCUGAUGUUAGCAAGGAUCCACAUGCUGCGGAAUUAUUCAAGACAAUCCAUCAUGCAUAUGAGGUACUAUCUAAUGCAACAACGAGAGUUCAGUAUGAUCAAGAACUUCAAUUCGGUGACAAGCCUUACAGGGAAAAAUGGAGUUACAGCACUGAAUUUGAAGAUCAGGUAAGAGUUUAUAGGUGGGCCCACCUGAGGAGAAAAAUGCAUAAUGAAAGAUACUGGGAGCAUUCCAAUGUUAAUGAGGACUACUAUACCAGUGAAACAGACGAGGAAGAAGAUGAAGGAAAUUUAGAUGAAGAAAGGGGUUCCUUUACUGAAGUGCUUAGAUCGGCAUUCGUCUCAUUAUUUUUGUUUCAGACAUUUGGAUCACGACUCUCACUUACAUUUAGUGGUCUGACGGCUUUGUUUGAUAAGAAGUUAGACUCCGGCUACAAAAUUGGCUAUGCAAUAGCAUGGAUUUUGGGUGGGAGGGGAGGCAUAUUGCUAACCCUGUGCUUGUCAUUUGCAAGUUGGGUUUGUGGGAAAACAAGUAGCAGCGUAGUUGCACUAGUUGUGGUGGCCAUGUGGGUUGGCACCUACCUUGCAAGGUACGCACCACUUCCCCAAGGUGCGCUAUUAGCUCUUCUCUACAUGUCAAUUAAGCUACAAUCUGACCUAAUAUAAAGAUAUUGCCGCGCUGCCACUAGCAUUUCUUCUAAUAUGUAGAUCUGACUAUGUUCUUUAUUAUGGUGUUUGUACAUUUUAAUAUAUUCUGGUAAAUGUAAAUAAAUGUUAUUUUCUGAUGAAUAAACGGUUGAUGAGUUGGCAUAUGCAAA